AUGAGGCAAACACUGGAUGGUUUUCAAAACCCCGGUGUCCAAAUUGUUGCUGGCGGGAGCCCCGCCGACCUGGAGUACGCAGAUGACAUCGCCCUUAUCUUUGAAGACCACAGCGAAGCACAAACCCUGUUGAAUAAACUGACCGCCAUCAUACCAUCUUUUGGCAUGGGCCUUGCACCUUCAACGUGCAAAGUCCUGCUUCAGAACGUGCCAUCAGCGAACAUAUCCCUUACAAUUCAAGGAGAACUACUGGAGAUUGUGGGAAACUUUACAUACCUCGGUAGUUGUAUUAGCUCUGACGGAAUUGUGUCUGAUGAAGUCAGUGCAAGAAUCUCAAAGGCUCGAAUCACGUUUGCUAAUUUGCGUCACUUGUGGCGUCAAAAAGGCAUCUCACUGGAUCUUAAGGGUCGUGUGUACCAGGCUACAUCUCCUAAACUUCAUGGACUUCGACCCCUAUUGCUAUGGCGGGACAUACGGAGUGGAGUACCGAAUAAUGCAACGCGGUGGAUCACAGCUUUACAUAGAUUGUUGGAUUUACUGUGCUCUACCGAAGAACGUAUCAACGCACAUUUAUCAACCAUCAAGAGCAGGAGAAAGCCAACACCACAGAGCUUCCAGUGGCACAAGGAACCAGGCGAGGAACUCAUGAGAGAAGCAAGAAAGCCCGGUUCAAACAUCAGUUUGAUUAGAGGAGGCGCCCAUUCAAUAAACCAAAGUACCAAAUCAAUCGGCAGACGCAGGGACACCAACCGUUACAAUGGAUAG